AUGCAACAGGGCUUCAUGGAGAAAGCUCAUGCCCUCCCAUCUUCGGGCCAUUUUGGGCAGACUAAAACUCUUGAAAAACUCAAACGCACAGUGAUCUGGUAUGGGAUGAGUGACAGCGUAGAACAAUACGUGGCUUCAUGCAAAGUCUGUAACCAUAACAAACGCCCUUCCCGGAAACCACGGGCUGAGCUCGGAACGUGUCAUGCUGGCUAUCCCAUGGAACGGAUACAUAUGGAUAUCCUUGGACCAUUACCUGUGUCGCGUGAUGGGAAUAAGUAUAUUCUCAUGCUAGUAGACCAGUUCACUAAGUGGCUUGAGUGUUUCCCCCUGCCAUGUCAGAAUGCCGAAACAGUAGCGAAAACGGCUGUUGAUGGAUUUUCCAUGAGACAAAGUGCUUGGGACCUUCACUUGCAGCAACUGGCGGGAUCUAUUCGAGCCGACCAACACCGACAGACUGGAUUUACCCCAAACCGCAUGAUGUUAGGGAGAGAAGUGGGUCAGCCUCUAGAUCUUUUCCUGGGUACCGUGUUUCUGAACCAGGAACGCAAGGAGCCAGCCGAAUAUGUGGGGCCCGUGGACACAUCAGUCAGCGACGAUGUGCAAACCGCUCAGCCCUUUGGGAUUGACAGGGAGCUCUCAGUAGAACCCUCGUCCCACCCGGACCCGAAGCUCGCAGGAGGGUCAUCUACGGAUGGAGAAGAAUCAGCUCAUCAGAAGCUGCCGCAGGGUCCUCAGGAUGAGGAAACUGUAAGUCAAUCUGCUGGCAGAUACAGAAGCAGGCAGAAAAGAAUGCCUAAAUACCGGGCCGAUUAUGAGCUGGAUGCGGGAUGA